AUGACGAAUAAAAAAAAUUGUAGUUUUUUUGCCUUUUAUAGUGCUGAUGAGAACCAAAAAGGGAAAUUAAAUUAUAUCUCGCUUAAAUUUCUUUGCUUAAGUUUAUAUAUGAUUGGAUUUUAUUAUGUUUUUCUAUAUAAUUCUUUUGAAAGUGUCAGCUUAGAAAUAUUUAAAAAUUGUAACAUUUACAAACGAAAUUUGGUUCAGGUAGAAAAAAAUAAGACGUCAAAAAGGAAAAAGUAUUUAAAACAUAAAAAAGAAGAUAUAGAUAAAACAAAAGCCAAUGCAAAUGAUUUGAAAUGUAAUGAACUAUGCCUUGAGGAAAAUAAACAUAGUAUUAAUAAUGAUCUUGGGAAAAGUAAUAAGGAAAAUGAAUGUAAUAUUUCUACAUGUCAUAUAAAUUAUAAUGAUAUAUCCAAGAAUUUAACAGAAACUGAAUUACGUGAGGUUUUAAAAUCAUUUAAAGAAUGCCCACCAAAAGAAAAUCUUAGAAAUAUAUGGAAUCACACAAUUGGACUUGCAAAGGAAGGUUUUUAUAAUCAACUGAAAGAUUUAAAGGGAUCAAUACAAAAAUAUUUAGAUAAUGAUAUUUAUGUUGGUGUUCAUGAGGAUGAUGAUAAGAUAUAUUUAUAUGAGCGUAUGUGGAAUGAAUAUAUUUCGAGAUUUUAUGAAACAAUAAUAAAUGAAGAGAAAUAA